ACAUGACCGGUUAAUUCCGCGUUCCCGACGCUGGGGAUGUUGUCUCCGGCUCUCCAUGGAGGCGUGCACGGCUUUGCCUAAGCCAUCCUAGCCGCUUUCCUCCACCCUUCCCCCGCAGGAGCUGCCCUGCAACGCCCGCCAUCGAUGACGCAUUGACCGGCCGAGCGCCUUCCCCCCUCCCCCUUCUCCAUCGUCUUGUUCUCCAUCGAGCCUGUCGUCGAAGCAGCGAGGCCGAGCUGGGGGGCAAUCCGGGGAAAGGGAGUCGCGGCGCCGCGCACCGGCCGCCGGAUACCCCUCCGCGACGCACCACCAACAUGCUCACACGGGUCAAGUCCGCUGUAGCCGGCUUCAUGGGUGGGAUCAUGGCCGGUGGCAGCUCCGCCGGAGGGGGCAACCCCGGCUCGGACCUGCCGCUUAAAUUCCCCUACAUGAGGCCGGAGUUCUUGGGACUAUCCCCGGAUGAGAUCGAGUGCUCCGCGGAUCACAUCGCCCGGCCCAUCCUCAUCCUGAAGGAGACAAGGAGAUUACCGUGGGCCACCGGAUAUGCUGAAGUGAUUAAUGCUGGAAAGAGCGCUCUCAAUGAGGACCAGGCGUGCUGUGAGGUGGUGGUGGUGAGGAGGCGGCCCAUGAGCUACUGUCCCCCCUCCACGCCUAGCAAGACCCCCACCGCCAAGAGACGCAACUCGCUGCCCAAUGGGGAGGGCCCCGGGCUGCGCUUGGAGCACAGCAAGCUGGGAGAGGACAACGAGGGACUCGUGUUCCACUACUGGGCCUUGUUCGACGGCCACGCCGGUUCAGGCGCAGCCGUCGUGGCCUCCCGCCUCCUACAGCACCACAUCGCCUGUCAGCUGCAGGCCGUCAUCGAGAUCCUGCACAAUCUGGCGUCUCUGCCCCCCACAAUCCUGGGGGAGGAGCCCGACGGCAACCCCUUCCUGCAGCAGGGCAACACGCCGGGCCCUCACCGCGCUCUGACCCGGGCGGCCUCCCUGCGAGGUGCGGCCGGGACGCCGGGUUCCCCCAGCAGCACGCCUCCCCCUCCUCGGUUCUUCACCGAGAAGAAGAUCCAGCAUGAGAGCUUGGUGAUUGGAGCUAUGGAGAACGCCUUCAAAGAGAUGGAUGCUCAGAUUGAGAAGGAGAAGCAAGGCUACAACAUCACGGGGGGAUGCACAGCUCUCACUGUGGUCUACCUGCUGGGGAAACUCUAUGUUGGCAAUGCAGGAGACAGCAGGGCCAUCAUUAUUAGAAACAAUGAGAUUGUUCCCAUGUCAGCAGAAUUCACACCGGAAUCAGAACGACAACGGCUACAAUUCCUGGGUUUCAUGCAGCCUCACCUGCUUGGCAACGAGUUCACGCACCUGGAAUUCCCAAGGAGGGUCCAGAGGAAGGAGGUCGGGAAGAGGAUGCUCUACAGAGACUUUACUAUGAGCGGAUGGGCGUACAAGACCAUUGAAGACGAAGACCUCAAGUUUCCACUAAUAUACGGUGAAGGGAAGAAGGCUAGGGUGCUGGCGACCAUCGGCGUGACCCGUGGGCUCGGAGACCAUGAUCUAAAAGUUCACGACUCCAACAUCUACAUCAAGCCCUUCCUGUCCUGCCUUCCAGAGGUGAAGGUUUACAACCUCACGCAGUACGAGCACGGCGCUGACGACGUCCUGGUGAUGGGUACCGACGGCCUUUGGGACGUUCUGUCCAACCAGGAAGUGGCCGAAGCCGUGUCCACCUUUCUCGCCAACUGUGACCCCGAUGAUCUACACAGGUACACGAUGGCCGCACAGGAUUUGGUGAUGCGAGCCCGCGGCGUCCUGAGGGACCGAGGCUGGCGCAUCACCAACGAGCGCCUAGGCUCUGGGGACGACAUCUCCGUCUUCAUCAUACCGCUGAUGUACGGCAACCGUCAGCCCUGAACACCCGGCCCUCCACCAAAACUUGGAAUAUGUUUAUUUUGUCGGGAGUGAUCAGCCAAAAGAGGAGCUUCCUGUCAUCACUUCCCUGUUUUACUGCAUCAAAUUAAUGUAAACAAUUGAGCUACAGUGACUCAAUGUUGCCUCUUGAGGAAGUAAGAGGUAUUACAACCCAAGAGAUGCUAUGUGGACAGCUAUUGAUCAAUCAGGUGUCAGGCUUUAUUCUGGACGAUUCUAUGGCGAAGUGUGCCAAUUCUUUAGUCCAGUAGGUGCUCACAAAAUAAAAGUAAAAUAUUAUGGAAGAGAAAUUAUCCAAAAAAAAAGAUGCUAAAUGACAUCAAUGCAUGGGUGCACUUUGUUUAGGUUUAAUUAUCAACCUGUUCAAUUGGAAAAAUAUCAUCAAAAAAGGUUUAAAAUGUAAACAUGACCCUAGAAUUUAACGAGUAUCUUGAGUUCUAAGGUUUGAUUGCACUUGGACAUGAUUGCACUUUAAUUGGACCCACAAGAAUAGACAGACAGAGAAAAAACGUUAGUUUUGUGCAUGCAUUGACAUUUUGUGGGAAGCCAUGGUUUCCAAUUCCUGUAACUCAUUGUAUAGCUCGUGUCCUUGUUAUUAUUUAGAUGUAAUGACAGGGUUCAUUUCCCCUUUUAUGGAGCUAUAUCUGAAAGGAGGCCAUUCCCGUAAUGCAUUGUUGAUGAUGAAGGUUAAACGGCAGCAUGAAAGUCAAAAAGGAUGAUGUGCAGAGGGAGGAAUGAGGAAGCGUCAUUUCAAGCAUGUGCCAAGGCUGUCAGUCAUCUCAGCCUCCUAUUUGUUGUUUUUCAUUUUUUACAUGCCGUUUCUACCUGCAUUUGUCCUUCUGUACAUUCCAUGAAGUGUGUUUAAUUAGAAAUAUACAAACAUUAUUUAUUGACAGCUUUGUUGUUGUACACUGUACUGUGAAGAUAAAGCUGCAGCUUUUUUGUCUGCCUAGGGCUUGUGUUGAAUGUUCAUCCUAAACUUGUCAUUCAGCCUUUCUUUGGUCUGUUAGAUGAAUGUAAUUUCUUUCUCUCACCCCGAUCGUGCCACCCGACUUCUGCACAUCAACUCAGGUUCAAUGUUUGGUGACCGUGGAUAAGUUGAUAAAGAAGGGUGGACUAUUGUUAUGUCACUACAGAUGUAAAUAAGGAUGGUCGUGUGCUGCUUCACUGUUUGCUACCCUCUCUGAUGUUUCCGUAAUUGUAUUGUUUUUUAGUCUACUUCCUGUAGCUACUUCCUGUAGCUUCAUUACGGGAAAUCACCUGCAAGGGAAUUGAAGUGACCGCGUGACCUUCCUGCUUUGUGAAUGUCUACCUUUUGUAUAACUGAAAGGUUCCUACAGAAGUUUAAAAACAAAAACAAUUAUUUUAAUGUCUCCUUGUGCAACUCUACUGUUGGGAGGGGCAGAAAUAAAAAAUUCCAGGAGUGAAAAAAAAUAAUAAAUGGGAGAAAUGUU